AUGACUGAAGUGACGAGCAGGACCGUCGGUUUCAGAACAUCUGCCGACGGUGACAGGAAAGCCUUGUCCGUGAGAAGAUACGAGGCCAAACCUCCGGAAAACUUGGAACUGGUCGAUCCGGACAAUCUGAUUGCCACCACCAAAGAAGAAGAAUGGGUGACUAAGAAAAAAGUUGAAUUGACUACCAAAAAACAAAUCGAAACGAGAGUUAAAAGACAAGUUGUGUUGGAAGACGGCAAAAUCGUCGAGGACUCUGGGCCAAUCGUUACGACCAACACGACCGAAGAUACCGAAAAACAGGAACAUCAACAGACUGAACACCGUCAAUUGGGUGACGAAGGUGACGGAGAAAACACCAAAGAAGUGGUCGUGAGAAUAUCUUCAUUGGAAGGGAACCCAUCAUUGUUGAAAGAAGUUCGAGAGAAAAAAAUCAAGAGCCGAGAAGAAAAAGAAGAACUCGUAGAAACAGAGGAUGUGGUCCACCUAGGAAAUAUUAGCGAUAAGGCUUACCAAGAAGCAAUACAGAGCAAACGAGACAUCCGUGAAGCUCUUGAAGAAGCCAAUCACAAGUUAGUUCAUGUAAACAGCACUGGACCCAGAGUAGUGCAUCAGAGUACCAAAAAUAAAAAAGUGACAGACACAGAAGAUACUAGACACACAAGAGAAGUUCAAAAAGACGGUAAAAUAGUUACAGAAACAUCAAAAACCACAGAGCAUGAAGAGGUAAACGGGGUUGAUGAACCAGACAGUGUUCCUUUGCCACCUUCAGCACUACAAGAGUCGCUAGCGUGA